UAAGAAGAAAAAGCUAAAGACAAAAGACAGUAGAGCGAGAAACCAAAGAGAAAGAAUAGAGGGAGGGAGAGAGAGAGAGAGAGAGAGUUUUCUUUAUUUUAUUUUAUUUUUAUUUGUUAGGAGUCUAAAAUACUAAAAAGAUUUCUGUUUUGGUGGGUUGAAACUUGAAACCCUUUCACUCCGUUCUGGCCAUCACCAUCAUUGUCCAUUUGUACAGCUUUUACUUACUACCACAUUCUCUCUCUCUCUCUCUCUCUCUCUCUGUGGCCAGUUUCUCCUUUUGAUCUCUCCCAUUGUUCUGUCUCUUGGCUCGUGUUCUUUUGUCUUCUGGGGUUGUUGAAAAAGGCUCGGAGACCAAGUUUCAAGACUCAAAAAGUCUCAAAGUUUUCAACUUCCUCUUUUUUUUUUUUUUUUUUUUUGUUGUUGUUGUUGUUGUUGUUGUUGUUGUUUCUUCUCUGUGGUAUUUGCUUGGUGCUCUGUUUUGUUGGGUGUCUGAAGGUGGUAGACCGUAGUUAAUAAUGACUGUGGAGGGCCAGAGGGGUGGCUUUGUGGUUGAAGAUGGAGCAACUGACCGGUUUCCGGUUGGUAUGCGAGUUCUGGCUGUUGAUGACGACCCAAUUUGUUUGAAAGUGCUUGAGAAUCUGCUUCGUAAAUGCCAGUAUCAUGUUACUACAACAAAUCAGGCUAUUGAAGCACUGAAAAUGCUCAGGGAAAAUAGAAAUAAGUAUGACCUUGUGAUCAGUGAUGUAAAUAUGCCAGACAUGGAUGGUUUUAAGCUCCUUGAACUUGUGGGCCUUGAAAUGGACCUUCCUGUUAUCAUGUUAUCAGCACACAGUGAUACCAAACUUGUUAUGAAGGGAAUUAUUCAUGGUGCUUGUGACUAUUUGCUGAAACCUGUGCGAAUCGAAGAGCUCAAGAAUAUUUGGCAACAUGUAAUCCGUAGAAGGAAGUCCAACGCCAAGGACCAAAAUAGGCCCCCCAGUUUAAAUAAGACCAGUCAUGGAACUGAAGCUCGAAAAGCUGUAGCAACUACAGGUAAUUCAGACGAGGAUGGAAAACUCAGUAGGAAACGGAGGGACCAAAACGAAGAUGAGGAAGAAUAUGGCGAAGAUGAUGAAUAUGAAAAUGAGGAUGACCCCGCAACCCCGAAGAAGCCUCGGGUAGUUUGGUCUGUGGAGCUACAUCAGAAGUUUGUUUCGGCUGUAAAACAAUUGGAUCUUGAAAAGGCUGUUCCCAAGAAAAUUCUUGACUUGAUGAACGUUGAAGGAUUGACAAGGGAAAAUGUUGCCAGUCAUCUACAGAAAUAUAGGCUCUACCUGAAAAGAAUAAGCACUGUGGCAACCCAGCAACCCAGCAUGGCUGCGGCUUUGGGUGUUAAAGAUUCUACUUACUUGCACAUGUGUUCGCUUGAUGGAUUUGGAGAUUUACACGCCUAUACUGGAUCGGGAAGAGUUGCAAGCACUGCUCUAAUGCCCUACUCACCUGGAGGGAUGCUUGGUAGGUUAAACUCUCCAGCUGGUUUGAACUUGGGAGGAAUAGCCUCUUCUGGACUCGUACAACCUGGUCAUCCACAAAACUUCAGCAACUCUUUCAAUUCUCUUGGGAAGCUACAGCAAUCUGUGCCUGCAAGCCAAACUUCAAAUUUAUUUCAACGGAUUCCAACAUCAUUGGAGCUCAAUCAAUUGCAACAGAACAAGUGCACUGCUCACAUUGGAGGGUUCAAUCCCAUUAACAAUCCAACAGGUUUUACAUUGCCUACUAACUAUCCAGACACUAGAGUAAAUGUAGGUAGCUCAAGCAAUUCUCUGUCCAGUACUUCAAGCAAUCAUUUGAUAUUACAAGGAAGUACACAGUCAAUGCUUAGUAGAGUAGCAUCGGGGAACCAUGGGCUGGCUUCAUCAAACCCGGAAUCUUUUGAUCUUGGUAUCAGUGGUUCGUCUAAUUCCCUAAAUCACAAUCCAUGUAGUGAAAGGUGGCAGGGUGCUGUUAAAUUAUCAAAAUUUCAAUCAAAUGCUUUGCCUAUGAGUGGGUCUUUUGAUCAUGGUGGCUUGCAUUCCAGUAACUUGGGUAUUUCCUCUUCCAGCCCUCAGAUUGGGAACAAUCCACAUGAUUUUUCUUCUACAAGUGUUCCUCUGGGUCCUUUAGAGGAGCCUAGAGUGGAUCUACAAGGUGAAGAAGGCUUGAUUGGUAAUAUUGUCCAGACAAUAAAUUACACACAGAAGCAAAGGUGGGAAGAACAUAAGCAAGAUUACAACUGCUACUUGAAUCAAACUUUUGGUUCCAUUAAUUCCCUGGUAUCUGCUAAUAGGAAUUUGAGUCCCUUAAGCCAAAGUCUUGACCAGAGCAAUGCAGUCUGCAGUAAACAGAUUGAUGCAUCUCUAAUUGAUCAAUUAAAUGGGACUUCAUCUGCUGUUCAUUCCAUUGUGGUUGCAGAAUCUGCAAUGGACACCACGAUGAAGCCCAAUGAGAACUACUCCUUUGACCCAACAAAAUUGCAGGAUGGUCUCAUUCAAAACAGUUAUGGAUCCUUGGAUGACAUAAUGAAUUCUAUGAUGGAAAGGGGACAAAACGAAACUGCAAUUGGGGAUGCAGAAUUUGGAUAUGAUGCUUAUUCUCUUGGAUCAUGUAUAUGAGACCGCCGCAGUUGAUUUUUAAAGAAUGGAAGGGAAAACUCCUCUAUGAGGAUCUUGUAUCUUAUGUAAUUUAUUUCUUCUCUCUGUAAUUUAUCUCCCAUCUUCAACUACUUUUAUCACCUGUUACUUAUAUUCCAUUUCUCCUUUGCAAAUGGCAAACAGCAAACAGACGUCUUUCUUAUUC